UCUUAACAAUUGCACCGAUUACCAAAAAUGUUUUUGUGGUACCGAGGGAAGAUAGUUAUAUAAGUGGUGUCAUCCCCCAUCAAACGUUUGACAACUGCAAUUUACACGUUUCUCUUCAUACGGCAACUUUUUUGAAGUUUGUUGGCGCGUGUGGCAACAGCACUGUCAUUCUCAUGUGAUGUUUAAGAACGUCGUCUGCAAAUGACGUCAAUGUCUGAUGGCGAUGUUUCAACUGUUAUGAAAUUAUUACCCGCGUAUCCGAGUCUUGUUUUUAUUGGAACUUCAUUAGUUUGUAAUCGUUUUAAAUCGCCGAACAACACAUGGACUGCUUCUUUGCAGUGACAAGUUUAUAGUUUGUUAUGCGGAAAUUAGAUAGCACCCGGGAUGUAUCCUUCGCCAAAUGAAAACUGUUAUCUCGACUUACGUGUUAACGCCCCCAUAUGACAAGUAGUAUAUGCAGCUAUGUAGUCAAAGAGAGGAAAAUUGUGAACUCUUGAGAACAUUAUGGACCAGAAUGAGUCUUGUUGUGAGACUUAUAGAUGUUGGCGCAUCAUUCAGCGGAAUGUUGAAUAAAUCACAGCGUUUGCUUCUGGGCUUAUUUGUUCUCCUGCUAGUUGAUAUUAUUUGGGUGUCAUCGUCAGAGCUGACCAAGUACAUUUAUCAUAAUGCAGAGUUUGAGAAGCCAUUCUUCAGCACCUAUGUGAAGACAUCGAUGUUCACACUUUACUUGUUGGGAUUGUGCAUUUGGCCUCCUUGGCGGAAUCAGUGCAGUAAACCAGCUACAUACAUGUAUAUUGAUCCCAAUGUGGAAGAUGAAAAUUUCUACUCGGAAGCAAAUACAAGUUUGAGUGAUCCAACUUAUGUCCCCAUCAAAUUACCAGACCCAAGUGACAGAAGUUCAGGAACAGAAAGUGAUGAUUCAUCUGUGAAGUCAGUGCGUUUUAGUAAACUUGCAGAGGUGCGCCAUAUGUCAGAGACAGAUGCCACCGAAGCACUGUUGGCAAGGCUGUCAUACCAGGCAAGUGUACGUGCUGGAGAAGCUGCUCGGCGAGCUGCCAGUAAGUUGCCGUUGCAGCGCGUCGCCAAAGUUGCUCUGAUGUUUUGCCUCCUGUGGUUCUUGGCCAAUUACACAUACCAAGUGUCACUGGCUGAAACAGAAGCUGGAAUGGUGGCAGUCCUAUCAUCAACAUCGAGUCUCUUCACUCUGAUAUUGGCAGCUCUAUUUCCUUCCAAUCUUGGUGACCGUUUCACACUUUCCAAGCUGGUUGCUGUUACCAUCAGCAUUACUGGUCUUGUGGUGGUUAGCCUGUCUGACCUGAGUCUCGAACCAAAGCUACCCACAGGGGCCAUACUGGCAUUGGUCAGCGCAUUCUUCUAUGCCAUGUACCUCGUCUUCCUCAGGCGAAAAGUUGAUCAUGAAGAUAAGAUGGAUAUACCUAUAUUUUUUGGUUUCGUGGGGCUGUUCAAUCUCCUCUUCUUGUGGCCACUUUUCUUCCUGUUCCACUACUGCCAUUGGGAAUUGUUUGAGUGGCCAUCUAAACCACAGUGGACAUUUCUUUUGAUAAAUGGUCUCAUUGGGACUGUUCUGUCUGAAGUCUUAUGGCUGUGGGGCUGUUUCCUGACAUCGUCAUUAAUUGCUACAGUGGCCAUCAGUUUGACCAUCCCGAUGACAAUGCUUGCCGAUGUAGUAAUGAAACGCGUGCACUACCCAUAUACAUUUUAUCUUGGCACUGUGCCCAUGUUCGUAGCAUUCUGCGCCGUUGCUCUGCUCGCUCACUACGACAAUUGGGAUCCCGUCCUCGAUGGUGCUAAACGGUGUCACGCUAUUGUUUGUAAACGUACGAGAUCGAGGACUACUGACUGUGAAGAUGAGCAAACCGAGUCUUUGAUUGGAAUUAACUCAGCUGACCACGAAGCGUGAUGACAGUCAAACGUAGAUGCGGGUCACAUUUUCUGUACAGAAGUAUUCUUAUAUGCUACAAAUACUAUAGUUCCUGCUUCACAUUCGAAAAUUCUGAGAUACAGGUCAACAUUAAAGACUGCAAAUAUUACAAAAAAAACACAUAUUUUCAGUGUAGGCAAACCAUUCCCUUGAAACCUGUUUAACUUUACAGAAGUGUAAUAUCGAUUUUACCAUUGAAGUGGUAUUAAUUAGUUUUAGGUGUGGAUAUUUCAAGCUCCACAUGUGGCAUUUAUUCUUCGCACAAAUACAAACAACUAUUGAAAAUGAUAUUUUAGUACCUUAAUGUUAGUUGUUUAGAGUAACUAAAUGUUUACUUCAGACAGCAUGUACAUGUUUCGGUACAUAUGAUUCCAAGUUGCAUAAUUUGAGUGAAGAAUUUGUAAUUUUUGUGUGUGAUUUUUGACUUUUAGAAUGAAUUCUUAAGUGGGAGCAUGUAACUGGCCAUAGAGUUGAUGCUGUCAUUGUCCUCAGUCUGUAAUUUUCUUCAUACAUCAUGUUGUUCUGUUAUGGGAAUGAAUCCAAUGCAGAUCUGGAAAAGGCAUUAACCUGCAUUUUGUCAAGAAAGUGGAGCUCAGAAAGGAAACCUUACACUGCUGAAACGCAUAUUAAAGAUUUUAAGGCUAUGAUUCUCAAAAAAGGAGAGAUGGCAUCUUAUUUAGAAAGCUAUUUAUAUAAUGUUAUAGACAUGUCACAAUAAAUACUUACCAUUGUGAACAUACUGUGAAUAAGUUUUUCUUUCACUUAAAAUGUUAAAAUUGAUGUGAAUAAAAGUACACAGAAGAUAAAACACACUGUUAUUGUCUCAGUAUCUGUCGGAUUUCUUUUCUUUAUAUUUUAUGGCAUUUUGAACAUAAAAUAAGGUGGUCAUUACACUGCAUUUGCCAGUUUAAUCCGAUUUGUACGUAACCACAUUUUCAUAUGUUUUAGAUCAUACUUCACAAGUCAUAAUUUGUUUGAUCCUAGAGCACUGUUCUGAGCUCUUUCAGUGCUACACAUUUAAUCUAUCUUUUAUAGCUGUUAUUUAAAUUUACUUGAGGUACAAAAUCUGUUGUUCUUGUCCAGUUCUCUAACACCCUUCAAAAGAAUAUCAGUAAUGACUUCUGUCACUUUUUACCUGCAUGUUAUUACAUUAUGGUAGACAUGAAUAGAAACUGAUAGAAAUUUAAGUUUAAUGAACAUCAGGGAACUAAAUAAUUCAGCCAGUUUUUAUUUUACCUUAAAAACUGGCAAAUACUACAUGAACAGAAAGUGAACUGUGACAGACAAACUUGUGACUCAUCCCUUGGCUUGUUUCUUUCAUUGUUUCCUAUUAUCUCUUAAUGCUGUUGUGUCUGGUAUAAUGUCUUUUUAAGUAUUGUAAAAUACGUAUUUUUUUCUGUAUAGUCUUUGGUGUAAUUAUAGUCCAAAAGAUGUUUCUUGUGGCAGAUAUUUAUCAUGUCAUUUUCUCUAUUCCCAUGUGAACAUUUUUUGUUCUUACAAACAUAUUUGAUGGAUUCAUUUUUCCAUACUUUUGUAUUACAAUCAAAUAACAUUUUAAUCUGUCAAUUGCAUGAGUUUUUUACUGCACAAAAACAUUUUGUUUAGCAAAGACAUUUUAUGUUCAGCAAGCACAAUUAUUCCUAUUGUCGCGAUACAAAAUUUCUCUGUUCAAGUGAUAUAAAUUGUAUAUGUGACUGACAAAACUAUGUGGAAAAAAAAAACUUUCAAAAAAUUCUGGUAAUACCAAAUGACCUGUCUGUUCUUGGCAUGCAGUGGGUUUCAGUUACUCAGUGACAUUUUUCUGGAAAUCUCAUUUUAUUCUUUUGACUGGUGCAUGGGAUUAUUUGAUACCAUUUUGGUUUAGUUUUAUUAUUUUUUUCAUUGUUGCUGAAUUAGUUGUAUGCAGUCCUUUGAAUACUUUGUUUUAUGUUUCAUUGGCAAAAGCCUGAAAUUGUAUUUCAUAUAUGACAGUGACAAAUUCCAGAUGUGAAUUGGUUGCCAUCUGAUUUUAUUCAUUUUGUUGUUAUUGAAGCCCUCAAGACAAGGCACACAGGGAAAUACAAAUGCAUAGCAGAUGUCUAUACUACUUCACUCUUCUUAAAAAUGGCACAGUAAUUAUUUAAAACCUUGUCAUUUAACAUAUUAUUUGUUGACAACAAAUAGGAGCCACAUGUCAAUUGAAGUAGUGUGUGUAAAAGAUUUAGAAAAUGGUGUGUGUAUAUUUUGAAAGGAAUACUUUAGACAUCUGCAAUUGGAAAUGUUGUAAACGUGAUUGGGUGCGUGCAGACAUUUUUCCUGUGCAACUGUACUCCUGUUUGUCAGAUGCAGACUAAUAAAGAACUAGAAGAUUCUCUUCCAUAGACAGUUUCUAAAAUACAUUUUUUGAUGUAAUAAUCAGAAUGUUGGAGUGCUAUAGCAAUUUUACUCCAGAAGAGGUUGCAGCUGUCACUCAAGUGUACAGUGGAGUAUAGGAAUCUGUAACUUAUUCUCAGUGACAGUUAUCUCAUGGGCACAAGAAUUGUGUUUGCUCAUAGUGUUCUUUUUAAUAGUAUUUUAAUAAAUUCAUUAAUAGGAAGCUAAGUUAAUUUCUAUUGGUAGAUCAAGUGAUGUAUUUGUGAAUGCUCAUGAAAGUCAGCAUUUUGUUGUAAUCAGUGGAUGUUGCAUUUAAAUGCACUAUAACUAGCUUUUAAUGCCAGUACAUUUUUAUUUUUGCACACUUUUGAAUUGUCAUGCUUUGAUAUUUUUUGCUUGCACUGCAGCUUGUUCUAGUCACAACUUGUUAAGUUUUCCCUUAUAAGUGGUUAUUUUUUAUAUAGAGUCUGAGUGUAUGUUUUUGGAUGAAUGUAUUAUAGACUGCAAGGGCUUAAUGUGGAUACACUUAAAGAUGAAAUCUUUUAAAUGUGUGAGUAUAUGGGUUUUGUUUCUCAGGUGAGAUGAAAAAUGUGGAGGUCAGAUGAAUAAACAUUUUCGAGCAGUGCAUUUUUUAGAAUUUAAGAAAGAGCAUGUUGUAGGAACUUUUUAAAGUUUUUAUGUCAUAUUAUUCAUACACAAACUGGUUCCUUGUACAGAUACUGUUGAAGCUUUCUUGUUUUUGGUAGCCAAAUAUGUCUAUUAAUGAUGGAUUCAGCUGUGAAAAACUUCAAAUAUUUUUUUUUUUUUUUCUUAUUUGCACUGCUGAUCAGUUCUGAAUUUUGUAUAAGCUAAACUGAAUGAAAAACCACAGUUAAUAACUUGCAAGUUGAGGAAAAUUCAUUUUACACAUACUUUUGAGUAAAUCCACAAGAGAGCCAUUGGUUCCUUUUACAGAUACUGUUGAAGCUUUCUUGUUUUUGGUAGCCAAAUAUACGUAUUAAUGAUGGAUUCAGCUGUGAAAAACUUCAAAUAUGUUGUAUUUUUUUUUCUUAUUUGCACUGCUGAUCAGUUCUGAAUUUUGUAUAAGCUAAACUGAAUGAAAAACCACAGUUAAUAACUUGCAAGUUGAGGAAAAUUCAUUUUACACAUACUUUUGAGUAAAUCCGCAAGAGAGCCCUUUGUUUUGAAUAUCAGAAUGCUCUUUGUACUUAAAUCAUCCAAAAUGGUAUUUUUUUUCUUUUUCUUUAAUGUUAUGAGCUACAAUAAUGCAACUCUUAUAAUUAUAUAUUUGCUUGUGGGAAAUAUCACUUGUGAUGAACAUACAUUCCAUUUCUUAAACUAUGUUGCAUUUUUUGUUUCUUU